AUGCCCCGCUAUAUUCACCCACUCAGAUUAUCCUUGUUUCUUCGACCUUCAUUCUCCUCACCUUUGUCUUGCCCCGUUAAUUACCGUGCCUUCUCCACCGCAAUUCGUCUAUCUACAGAAUACUACGACACUCUUGGUGUUUUCCCUGAUACAGACAAAUCUCAAAUCAAAGCCCAGUUUUACCAACUCUCUAAAAAAUAUCACCCUGAUCUCAAUCAGGGCGACGAGACUGCACAUGAAAAAUUCCUCAAAAUUAAUGAAGCCUAUUCUAUACUCGGCGACGAUACAAAACGACGUGAAUAUGACAGAUCCAUAAAACACAAAAUGGUUGGUGUUAGAUCUCGAACCCAUCGUUCUCACUGGUCUACUACUGCUGCUCAUUAUCGGCAUGCGUCCUAUGGAGCUCGAGAGAACGAUUUUGGACGUUACAAAAAUGCAAAGUUUAACUUUCAGGAUCAUUUUGAGAGACAUUAUGAAAAUGAAAAAAGGAGAAAGUCAAGAGAGGAAGAGAAACUUAGAAGGGCCCGAGAAGAGAGAGGCAUGGAGGAAACUUUGGCGAAGAGAUUUGGUAGAGUUGUAGCGUUGCUUUCGUUUGCAGCUAUCUUUAGUGCCUGGGGGCAGACAGUUUUUACCGAGGAAAAAGAUACUCGCACGUAA